AUGUCGGACUCUGAUGUGGCUAGAGCCAUUGCCGACGGGCGGGUUCCCAAGGGUAUUACGGCUGAUUAUCUCAACCAGACCAAGGAUGCUCCGGCCAUUGCGGGAAUUGUCUUUGUGACGGUGUUGACGAGUCUCGUUGUUCUUGGACGACUCAUAUCGAGAGCAUUUCUCAUCCGAAGAUUUGGACUCGACGAUACAUUGACGUUGAUAUCAUGGCUUUGCUACAUCCCCUUCGUGGGCAUGUGUAUCAAGCUCAUCAAUCUGGGAUCUGGACGACACUUUGAAUACAUUCAAUAUGUUCUCGAUAUGCCAACGAUCGAACUGACCGAAGUCCUCGACUUUGCCGCCCACAUCAUCUACACGACGACACUCCUCUUCUGCCGAAUCUCCGGUCUCGCAUUCUACUACCGACUAUGCAGCAUUCACGACCGACUUCUUCUUGCCAUCAAGAUUGUCAUGGGUAUCUUGAUCGCCGGAUACCUCCCACAGCUGUUCCUCCUCGUCUUCCACUGCAUCCCCGUCACUGGACUGUGGCCGUACGAAUUUCAGCCGGGAUUCGACAAGUACACAUGUCUGCAAUGGGGACUCGUGUAUAGCGUUAACUCGUCGGUUUCGCUGCUCUGCGACUUUCUGCUGUUUGGUAUUCCGGUCGUUAUGCUUCGGGUUCUUGAGAUGCCUCGCAAGCGCAAGAUCCAGCUUGCGUGUAUUCUCUUGCCGGGUACAUCGGUCAUUGCCAUUUCGAUCACACGUCUCGUUUUCGUUAUCGAAGGCCAAUGGAAUGCCGACAUGUCCUGGGCCUACAACCCCAUGUUGGCAAUCGAAGUCAGCGAGAUCGGCGCAACACUCAUCGCCCUAUCCGUACCAGGCCUAAAACCCCUGGUCGACAAGUUCAUCCUCCGACGAGACGUCACAUCCGGAGACAGCAACGGCAACUCUCGAUACGGAAAGCCCACGAGCAACAGCCGCAGCCACGCCCUCCGAUCGCUCAACUUUCGACCCGAACACGACGUCCUGACGAGUAGAGAUACUUCGGCCGAGGGGAUAAAUGCGUUUAGGACUAAGAACCAGAGGGAUAAUCAGAGCGAGAAUAGUGCGGAUGGUAUCUUGGUCAGUGUGGAUUUCCGCAUAAAGGAGGAUAGUCAGCGGGGACAGCAGAGUGACGGAGAGUCGUCGUGGAAAAGCCAGUGA